AGAAAACACAUUGAAAAAAAGUUUAAUCCAAAAUCUUCCGUAGAAAGAGAAGAAAAAAUGUGCUGCAACUCCCAUGGCGUAAUCCCUACAAGCGACCUUCGCUUUCCCCUUUUCCCUACCUACCCACGCACAAUUUCCCCAAAUUCUCGUCUAUUUUGCCCUAAUUAUACUUCGAAUCAUCAAGUUUUGAAGACAAAAUUUGAGUCAUUCAAAGCUAAAUCAAACCUAAACGAUGUCGUUUCAUAUACUGAUACAGAUAAGAGCUUUUACGAUCUUCUGGGUAUACCGGAAACUGGGUCGUUGUUGGAAAUCAAGCAAGCGUACAAGCAAUUAGCAAGGAAGUACCAUCCGGAUGUUUCGCCACCGGAUCGGGUUGAGGAGUAUACACAGAGGUUUAUUCGGGUUCAGGAAGCUUAUGAAACGUUAUCGGAUCCUGGAAUGAGAGCUAUGUAUGAUAGAGAUAUGGCUAAAGGAAUUAACUUUGCUUUUUCUUCUCGUAGGCGUUAUCAAACUGAUGAGUCAAUGGAGGAGAAAGGUGAGUGGAAAAAUCGUUGGCAGUCUCAGCUAUCAGAGCUCAAGAGAAGAAGCAUGCACAAAGAAUCCGGUAACAGUAUGUCUUGGGGAGCACGGAUGCGCAAGCAAAGGAACGAUCCAUCAUCUUAAUCGAUAAUAACUAAUACAUCUUAUUUUAUUUUGGAUAUACAGGAAUAUUUUUUCGUCUCGUUUUCUUUUAGUUGUUCACUAGUACUAACCAUAUAUGAAUCACCUUAUACGCAGUGUAUAUUGUACAUAGAGUAUAUAAAUCAAGAAUCUCAUUUUCAGUAAUA